UUCUCAGGGAGCCAUCAGCCGUGACCGACCCCUGCUGCUCACAAUGGACCUCUGGAAGGAUAGUAGAAAAUUAUUUGCCUUUGAAUGGGAAAACCCACAGAAUGGACGAAAGACACAAUUAACUUGGACAAGACUUCCACAAGGCUUCAAGAAUAGCCCGACCCUCUUCAGGAGCCAGCUGGCCAAGGAACUGGAAAUCUGGACAACAUAAGGACAAAUACAGCAGUAUUUCUAGGAACUGUUCCAGAAGAAAGACCUUUGGAACACAAUUGUGUGGAAAUAAUCGAACAUACUUAUGCUAGCCGUGAGGAUUUGAAGGAUGUACCCCUUGAAAGGUAUCACUGGGAACUUUUUACUGAUGGUAGUAGUUUUGUGGAAAACGGAACACGAUAUGCAGGGUAUGCAGUGACAACCCUGAAAACAGUGAUCGAAGCAAAACCUUUACCGCCUGGUACGUCGGUACAGUGAGCAGAACUGAUAGCUCUAACUCGAGCACUGGAACUGAGUAAAGAAAAGAUGGUAAAUAUUUUGGACAAAUUCAAAGUAUGCCUUUGGAGUGGUCCACAUUCAUGGAGCAUUAUGGAAGGAGAGAGGGUUGUUGUCUUCAGAAGGGUCCAAUAUAAAAUAUCAAGAGGAAGUGUUAAAUUUGAUAAAUGCGGUACCAAAACCAAAGCAAGUGGCUAUCAUGCACUGUAAAGCCCAUCAAGGAGAAACCUUGAAGAUAUCAGAAGGGAAUCGGUUGGCAGAUCAAGCAGCUCGACAAGUUGCUUGGAAGGUGUGGAGCGUGAUGGCUUUACUGCCACUCAAGGUAGGCCCCACUCGUUUUAAUCUUCCCAAGGGACCCAGAUAUUUGCCAGAGGAUGAGAAAUUAGCAAAUCUCCUAAAGGCCCGAAAGAACUCUGAUGGAUGGUAUGUAACCACUACAGGCCAGGUAGUACUAGCCCCUUUGGUGAUGCGGGAAAUACUUCAGACAAGACAUAAUGAGUGUAACUGGGGUGCAGAGGCAAUGGCAACAUCCUUAAAACGUAGCAUUAUCUCUACACAUAUGUUAACAAUGGCAAAAUCAGUAAUGUCAAAGUGUGAGAUUUGUCUGAAAAAUAAUCCAGUAGCAAGAAAACAUGCUGAAAUGGGAAGAGUUAGAGUAGGAAUAGAACCAGGAGAUUACUGGCAAGUUGAUUUUGUAGAGUUACCUAGGACUAGGGAAAUGAUUUAUAAACUUACAGGACAAGUAAGCAGGCUCGUGAGAGCCACGAGAGAAUGCUUUAGAGAUUUUAAUAUCCAACUACAAGCUACAACUAAAAUGGUUCUACAAAAUCAAUUGGCAUUAGAUACACUGUUAUUAAAGGAACAUGGAGCAUGCAGAUUUCUAAAAGAUCGUAUUGAUCAUUGCUGCAUCCACAUUCCAAAUGUAACUAUUGAUGUAGAACAUGACAUAGAGCAGCUGGCUCGAGUGGAACAACAUGCAGAACAGGAAGAGAAAGAUAUGACAACAAGCUGGCUGGAUAAAAUUUUUAGCGGAUGGAAUAUUAGUAAUUGGGUUAAAUCCUUACUGGAGACAGCAAUUAUGUUGGUAAUUGUAGGCGUAUUAAUUUGGUUAACAUUUGUAAUGCUGAAGAGUAUGAUUUUAAAGAGAACAACUUGGAACCGGAAAGUGAUGCAGACCAUUUCUAUGUCUGAUUUGGAGCCACAUCUGCAACACCCGCGACUGGCAUAUGACAACUUCGGAUUUCAGAGAGAAUCUGAGGAACCCAGGAGGUGA